GGCACCUAAUGUGGCCUGGCAGCAGCCGUCGGCCGUCGUCGCUGGUUGCCAUGGCGGUCGAAGUCAUGGCUGUGAUCAAAACACAAACAAACCGUGAGCUUCCUAAAGCCCGCUUUGAGUCGGUGCAAUUCGACGCGUCACGUGUUUACGCCGGCAACGUCAGACUCGCAUGUGCAGAUGGCUUUGUAAGAUUCCCUUCAGCCGUCUUCUGCCACGUGUGUGCUUUCGGAGCGGCCGCGGGCAAUGCCAAAUCGCGACGGCAGUGUCGACAGGCAUACCAAAGAAAAGCGCAGCAGUCAUAGGAUCUCGGUUGUGGAAAAUGAACUGGAGCCGGUGCAUAAGCCACUACGUUAUAGGCGGUUUCAUAGAAGACGUCACUCGAGAGUCAACGGUGAAUUCGAGGAGUUGACGGAUAAAAAUGGAAAUGGCAAUGGUGUUGCACUGCCUAAAAAAGGUAGCAAGCACAGCGUUCAAAAGAAAAUUGACAGAUUGGUCGAAGAGAACCGGAUAUUGACGAUGAAACUGGAAAGUUCCAACGUAAACCCUGAGACUGUCGCUGAAUUAAAAGAAAAGGAUUCCUUAAUGUCAAGAAUUUCCAACAAGUACCACAAAUUGUUAAAAAAUCACGACAACCUGCAACAGGAAUAUGAGAAAGUAAAUGCUCUUUUGGCAGAACGCGAAACGGAAUAUCGUCAGUUGCACACGCAUCACAAGAAAUUUACGGAAGCUUUACAGAAGGUGGAGAAAACCAAUUCCAAUCUUCUGACGUUUAACCAAAGAUGCAAAGCCGAAAACGUUCAGCUGAACGAAGAUGUAGUGCUUCUUAAGCACGUGAUAUAUCGUUUGAAUGCAGAGCUCGAGAGAUAUCAAGAUAAAUUAAAAGAAUCUGGACAAAGUGUCCUAUCUAAAAAUGUUAACGAUGUAUUAGAUUUUAAGAGACCAGCAGACGAUAUCAAAACGGUAUCGGAGUCAUGGGGUUCGGUGAAUACCCAUGUGCUAGGUCCACUUUUAGACGCCUAUCAGGAGAGCCUGUCGGAGAAACAAGAGCUCGUGAAUAAAUAUGAGGAGGACAUCGCGAAUUUUAGUGCUAGGUGCAAAGAAGUUGUCAUGGAGAACGAAUGUAUGCAGAGCGAAAUGGAGAAAUUGAAGUCAAAGUGUACCAGGUACGCGGAUGAAAUCAAGAUGAUAUCGGAGGAUGCCGACUUGCUCAAGGAAUUGAACGAGUGUUACACGAGGCAGACUGCUCACCAAAAGCAAAAGAUACACGAGAUCCAUUCGUUGUACGAACAGAAAGUGGAGGCAAUGUCAUUUGACAAUAAUAGACUUCACGAAGAGUAUCUUGCUUCCAAGACUGAAUUAAGCAAUCUUCAAGGGAAAUACGAUGUUCUUCAUAAGGAAUACGAAAAGCUGCAGAACGAUAAUACAAAAACAAUGCCUGUUCAUGUUCAUAAUGCUGCCGUUGAAGAAUGUAGAGAAUUGUUUGAUAAAUUGAAGCGUCAAUAUGAAACCGAGAAGGAAAAACUAUCUACUCGCAUUAAAGAAUUGGAAGAAUCCUACUGCCAAAAUAAAACGCAACUGGAUGUAGUUACGAUAGAAAGAAAUCAGUUGAAAACAUUGAAUAAAAGCUUCGAGAAGCGUUUCAAACGUAUACAGCGAAAACUGGAGCAUUUUCAAAAAAUUGCACAUUCCAUGCAAAUAUCCCGGGAUUCUUUUAAGAAGCAGUUAAGAAAGACUACGCUAUAUUGCGAAGAGUUAUUCGGCGAAUAUGAAAGGAUAGCCGCCGAACGGGAUAAGUUAGUCGCGCUUUUACAUGAGACAGAAAAUGAAAAUGCAAGUAUUCAUUUUCUUGGCGAUACUAUUACUCAACGAGUAGGCCACCUAAAGGAACAAUUAAAGGUCGUACACGAAGGGGCCAAGCAACAAUUAGCGCUGGCAGAGAAAAAUAUGAAAGUGCAGCAGCGUGGGGUGCACCGGAUGAAAGACGAAUACCACCGAGAACUGCAACGCUUCAAGCAUCUGCUGAAGCAAAAAGAGGAAACGAUCGGACGACUGCAGAAAGAGAUUAGCGCGACCCGCGAGAACCUGGAGCUCGUUUGGAAGGUCACCGCUGCGGACAGCAAGAAAGUUAAAGGGCCGCAGAAAAGCGCGAAGGUCCAGCACGUUUAGUUAAGCUUAGAAAUGUAAAAUCUACGAUGGAGGUGUAAAAUAAAUUUAAUUCCGUCCCUAACGUCGUACAAAAGACGCGAUAAAAAAAAGCACAACGUACAAUUUACACGGUCUAACACUGAUUCAUCUUAGGAAACGCUUUGUCGGCUGUAAACGGAAGCUAGUCAUUGUACAAUAUACGUGUAGCAUUAUGUGUCAAGCGCGACCUUUGUAAUUUAUUAUAUAGAUGAUUACGUAAACGGUAAUUACGCCAUUUUCUUAUUGCCUCCUCAUCCAGAUCGAGCAUGUAGCAAGAUAUCGGUUUACGUCACGAAUUUAAAAACGGUGCCGGUUCCGACCGGCCGGAUCGUCGAGAUAAUGUAUUCCGCAUGAUAAUGACACGUUUCUCGUGUCAAAUAUAUCCGAACGCGUUCAUUCAGCACGCGGAGGAAACGGCAGAUUUAUCGAUAGUAUCACCGGCUUUAUUUAAUGGUGACAUCAACCGGCAAAAGGUUUUGAAGGUUGCCGUUGGUGUGACAGUGGAAUUAACGUCGGGGAACCUGCGGCCCCGCGCGGCAUGAAAAAUUGACGUCCCCACUUAUAGGAGUGAUCUCACGUUCCAUUAAUAUUAACAUGCAAGGCGCGUAAGUGCGCUCGUAAUCGCGUACGUAUCGCACCUUGCGUUCGCUAAACGGCUCUUUGCUAAUUGCCGGACGUUUUCCUCGAGUGCAGAUAAUCUAUAAACAUUGACUUUUACUCCGAUAUUGCUGACGAUACCGGCAUACAUCGAGAAAACACUUCAGAUAUUAUAACGCUUGAUUCUUUGUUGUACCUUUUGCUGUCAAGUCGUUUCUAGACUAGAUUGAAAAGAUUACACGGGCAUCUUCGCAGUUAUAUUUAUCAGUUUCGUAGCGAAACGUUAAUAUCAAAAGAUCUCUUCUUUUUUACUCAUAUCUAUUAUUUUGCGCGCGCGAGACGGUAAAGUCUUGGUGAUCGUCGAGAUUCUCGGCGAUACCGUUUACGACGUGCGAUGAAGAUCGCCGUGUCGUGCACCAACAUCUCACAGGUAGAACAUAAAACUCAUGACAUCAUGAUGGCGUCAUCACGACGUUAUUCAUCACUUGAAACUUAUCUGGACAUGUUCAAAAAUGCGCGAUUUUUCGUAGAAUUCUAAAUAUCUUUUUUAAAAAAUAAUGAUCUUCUGAAGAAGGAGCAGAGAAGGCCCUUUAUGUGCCCCCGCAUGUUUUCAGUUUGGACCUCAUAAAAGAGAGCUCGCGGAGCAUUGAAAAGUCGCGUUGUAUAAUAUAAGGUGCAAAGCUGCGCAUUUAAGAGUUAAAUGACGAAUAAAGCUGAAAAUGAUAAAUAAAGAUGAAAUAAAGUCACGAUAACGUCAUCAUGAUGUCACUGUGAGUUUUAUGAGAACAUAAAAUCCAGGUAGAAACCUCGAACGUACAAUUUCGCUGUCGGCGGCCUCAGCCUCUGCGUGCUCGGAAUCAAUCGAAAUCCUCGCGCAUCUCUUGCACCUUAUCGCGUCGUAAAUCAAUCAUCGCUCAAUCAUAUAUCGUACGUAUAUCGCCAUUUUCUGUAACUAACUAUGCGCAUCCGUCAUAAAUUUCUGUACAGCGGUAAUUAUAGGCGCCUGAAAUCGCCACUUUGAUUUCGCACGUUUUGCGCGUCGUAAUUGUACACUGUAAAAUUCGUAGUGUCAAAUUAUAAUCAAUUUCAGUCAUUUUCAA